CCACCACCCUCUUUAUUUUUUUUCCUCCCCUUUUUUAAUUUGUGUGAAAGAGAGCAAGAAAAUAUCAAAAAAAAAAAAAAAAAAACAAAUUGCUCUUAGGAGCUCUCUGGUUUUGUGUAAUUGCUUUUUCUUUUCUCCUUGAUUCAAAAAGGCAACAAAGAACAAAACCCCUUCUCUCCUUUAUUCCCUUGCUUUUUCUUUUUCUUUCUUCUUCUGCCCUCAGUUGUUUCAAUCCAUCUGCUGAAGAACCUUAUCAUGAACCUCAAGGUUUUAUUAACUCAGAUCUGAAGCUUUGAGUAUAUGUUUUGGGCUUUCCAGAAUCUUCUUCACAAGGUUCUGUACUUAUCCAACUUUUGAAAAGAUACUGAUUUUGAGGUUGUUGUUCUUUGUUUCAUAUGAUUAUCUGGAAAAAUUGCUAUUUUUGAUGCUUCAAUGAGGACUGUAUUUACUUGUGAAAUGUUAAUGAUUGUGCGAUUCCAUCAUAGCUUACAAUUGUAUUGCUGAGAUCUAUUGAUUUCGGGAAUGGGAGGGUUUCACAUUUGGGUAAAAGUUUUGAGCUUUAUGUGUGUGUUCGUUUACGUUUUAAGCUUUGUGUAUGCUGAUAAUUGCUUUCUCCUUUGUGUUGGUUGCGCUUAUGCAGCGUGCUAAUUUCUAUUUACAGUAUCCCCGUUUGUUCUUGCUUUCGUUCCACAGGUUUGUUGAAGCUCUCACAGAAUCAUUAUUUCAAGUUUUUUGUCUUACACAAUUUUUCUAUAUCAGGUUUCCUUUCUAAACUAAAAGAAUAGUCUUAAGGUGUUGUGUUUGAAUUUAUACUUUGUCAUUUCAGUUUGCUCUUUGAGAUUAGCUCUAUCUGUUAUAUUCGAAGGACUUAUCAGUAAUUUCUGCUAUGAUCUGAGCUUGAAUUUACUAUCUGUAACCUGAUUCCGGAUUCUGUACUAUUACAGGUAUAAAGAAGGUUGAAAAAAAUGCAGAGGCCGCCACAGGAAGAUUUCUCGUUGAAGGAAACCAACCCCCACCUUGGUGGGGGGAAGGUUACCGGAGAUAAGCUGACGAGCACCUAUGACCUCGUUGAGCAGAUGCAGUAUCUCUAUGUCCGUGUUGUGAAAGCAAAAGAUUUACCCGGAAAGGAUGUUUCUGGUAGUUGUGACCCAUAUGUUGAGGUUAGGCUCGGAAAUUAUAAGGGCACAACACGUCAUUUUGAGAAAAAGUCAAACCCCGAAUGGAAUCAGGUGUUUGCCUUCUCGAAGGAGCGGAUCCAGGCCUCUGUCCUUGAGGUUUCUGUGAAAGAUAAGGAUGUUGUGAAGGAUGAUUUUAUAGGCCGGGUUAUAUUCGAUUUGAAUGAGAUCCCGAAAAGGGUUCCUCCCGACAGUCCCUUGGCCCCGCAGUGGUAUAGGUUGGAGGACAGGAAGAGUGAGAAGGCCAAGGGCGAGCUCAUGCUGGCUGUCUGGAUGGGUACACAAGCUGACGAGGCAUUCCCUGAGGCGUGGCAUUCGGAUGCAGCGACAGUCAGUGGUGCUGAUGGUCUUGCAAAUAUUAGGUCGAAGGUCUAUCUCUCGCCUAAGCUUUGGUACCUGAGAGUAAACGUGAUUGAAGCACAGGACUUGCAGCCAAGUGACAAAAGUCGGUUUCCCGAAGUUUAUGUGAAGGCCAUUCUGGGAAACCAAGCACUAAGAACUAGAGUUUCAAUGAGCAAAAGUAUCAAUCCUUUGUGGAACGAGGAUUUGAUGUUCGUGGCUGCGGAACCAUUCGAGGAGCCACUGAUUUUAAGUGUGGAAGACCGUGUUGCUCCCAACAAAGACGAAGUUCUGGGAAGAUGUGGUAUCCCGUUGCAGUAUGUGGACCGGAGGUUGGAUCACAAGCCUGUGAAUACGAGGUGGUUUAAUCUGGAGAAACAUAUAAUAGUCGAAGGUGAAAAGAAAAAGGACAUGAAGUUCGCCAGCAAGAUUCAUAUGAGAGUUUGUCUGGAAGGCGGUUAUCACGUCUUGGAUGAGUCCACUCACUAUAGCAGUGAUCUUAGGCCGACUGCUAAAGUGCUAUGGAAGUCAAGCAUUGGUGUUCUUGAGUUGGGGAUUUUAAAUGCACAGGGGCUUUCUCCGAUGAAAACAAAGGAUGGGCGGGCGACAACUGAUGCCUAUUGUGUUGCCAAAUACGGACAGAAGUGGGUUAGGACAAGGACAAUCAUCGACAGUUUUUCUCCAAAGUGGAACGAGCAGUACACUUGGGAGGUGUACGAUCCUUGCACUGUCGUAACUAUCGGUGUAUUUGACAAUUGUCAUUUGCAAGGAGGGGAUAAGGCCGGAAGGGAUUCAAGAAUCGGGAAGGUCAGAAUUCGCCUUUCCACUCUGGAAACGGAUCGUGUAUACACUCAUUCCUAUCCUCUUCUAGUCUUGCAUCCUUCGGGGGUGAAAAAGAUGGGAGAAAUUCAUUUAGCCGUGCGGUUCACUUGCUCAUCUCUGGUAAAUAUGAUGCAUCUCUACUCCCAGCCGUUGCUGCCCAAAAUGCACUACAUUCACCCAUUAACUGUCAGUCAGCUCGACAGCUUGAGGCAUCAGGCCACUCAGAUCGUCUCCAUGAGGCUGAGUCGUGCCGAGCCACCUCUCAGGAAGGAGGUGGUCGAGUAUAUGCUCGACGUGGGCUCUCACAUGUGGAGCAUGAGAAGAAGCAAGGCUAAUUUCUUCCGGAUCAUGGGCGUGCUGAGCGGGUUGAUAGCUGUUGGGAAAUGGUUCGAUCAGAUAUGCAACUGGAAGAACCCCAUCACCACCGUUCUCAUCCACAUCUUGUUUCUAAUACUCGUCAUGUAUCCAGAGCUGAUCUUGCCGACGAUCUUCCUCUACUUGUUCUUGAUCGGGGUUUGGUACUACCGAUGGAGACCGAGGCAUCCGCCCCACAUGGACACUCGCCUCUCCUGCGCCGACAACGCCCAUCCUGACGAGCUUGAUGAGGAGUUUGACACGUUCCCGACUUCCCGCCCCGCGGAUAUCGUGCGGAUGAGGUACGACCGUCUGAGAAGCAUUGCGGGGAGGAUCCAGACCGUUGUUGGCGACCUGGCGACGCAAGGGGAGAGGCUGCAGAACCUGCUGAGCUGGCGGGACCCUCGGGCGACGGCUCUGUUUGUUAUCUUCUGCUUGAUCGCGGCCGUCGUCCUCUAUGUGACGCCGUUUCAAGUCGUGGCCCUCCUUGCUGGAUUCUACGUCUUGAGACAUCCCAGGUUCCGGUACAAGCUCCCGUCUGUGCCCCUCAACUUCUUCAGGAGGCUGCCGGCGAGAACGGACUGCAUGUUGUGAGCAGCUUAGUUCUGGGGCCGGUUCCGGACUGUCGCCGGUGUAGAAUAUGCCGACGAGAAAGCUUGUUUGCUGUUUUGACGAAGGGCGGGAGAUGGAGUUGCUGCUGCCGCUGCCGCUGCCUGUGGUGGUUAUGUAAGUUAUAUCCGAUGAGAACUUGAAUAUUUCUGGAUUUUUUAGGUUUAUUUAUUUUUAAGGAUCUGUGGCUUGAAAAUGUGGUUAUUUUGAGACAGAUCCAUGCUAAUCUCUUCUUCCUAGGUUAUUUAAUUCAAUCUGUUCUUGAACCCUAAAUAUCCUUCAUCUUUAUAUAUGAAUUUGGAGUGAGAUAAAUGUCAAAUUCUGCUAAA